GCAGGAACUUAACAGCUACCGUUAAAAUCCAUCAUUCCAGACUGUAAUGUCGAGUCGCUAGCGUUGCACCGUGAGACAUAUUUUCCAUUUUCUUCUUUCUUCCUGUGCCUCCGCAGGUCCCUCCAACCCACCACCGUGCAUUUCUCGGGCCAUUUGUUCCAAAAACCAGACCUCGGCUUCAUUUGGAGCAUUUUUAAUCUCGUUUAGCUCUACUUAAAACGACAGCUGUUUAAUAACUAUUUUAAACGAUUUGUCCCGUUUAUGUGCUCCUGCUCUAGUAAACGGGUUUGUUAUUAAAUGUAAAUGAGUUAAGUUUUGUAGUAAACAGGAACGUUUCUAAAAUUCGGGUGUGCAGGAGAAAUGCCCGAUUUAAGCUCCAUUUGUCGUGCCAAGGCGCCCUUGGUCAUGUAAUGCCCCAGGUUCCUGUUUUUAAUGUGGAAAUUAUAAUGAAAUAUAACAAAUUUUACGUAUAAACGACUCGACGUUUACGUAAAAUCCGAUCUGUGGUGAUAUAAAUGGAUUUAUCUGGAGUUUCCAUGGAGCUUGGUCACACGGUGGACGCCACACUGAGCUGGGGCCAUCAAGGACACGAUGAACAACGAGCAGCCGCCAUCAUGGAGCGCAGCUCGGCUACGCCUCGCUGAAGAAUGCACUAUGUUUUGCGCUCGAAUUCCCUCUUAAAACGUUAAAAAUCGGACUCAAACUGUGUUUGAAUACUCUUUCAAACACACUAGAUGAAAGAAACCGACCAUUAAAUAUAUUUUUAUCGCUCCAGUCGGAGUGAAACAGUUGAGGAGGAGAUUAUAGGUUUGCACGGCGGAGCUAGAUCCGCUUCCAACGGUGGUGAGGUGCCUCUGCUGAGUGGCGCAUUUGGCUGCAGUGCUUCCAGGCCACCAUUCCCCCUCGUCGGAGACCGAAAGCAUAUCCCCCGUCCGUGGUCAGCUGGUUGCCUACAGCUGCCUGUCCGUCCAUUCGCUUCCUCCUUCCGUGGAUCCUCCCCAACCUCCGCUCCGACAGAAAAUCCUCCAUUACCGAGCGGACCAGGGCGAAGGAAAAUGGUCGCUGCCGUGCGUCCACGAUAUUUUAGUCCUGGAAUAAGGACGGCAGUCAUGCGCCAAAUUCCGCCUGGAGAAAUUAGCGCGACGGCGGAGACUCCGGUUGUCGUAGCUAGUUGGUGCUAGACGAAGCCCUGCGCAGUGUUAUUUGAGAUUUGAAGCCGUCACAAGCGAUAGCCUAUGUCUCACCAUGUAGCGUAAACGUUUAAGGGGCGGUGUAAUGAUCAUAAACCAUUAUCUCGAGGCGAAUUUAACAUCCACCACUUGGAAACGACACUUUCACUUCAGGACCACAGCCAUGACUCCUUUUUAUUGUGUGAUAUCAAAAUCACAUGAAUAUUAAACACAUUCGAGACAAAACGACCACAAAUGAAUGGAGAAAUGGAGGCAGCUGCACCAGUGCAAGUUUGGGCGCAGGAUGACCUCUUAAAGUUGCUGGAGGCCAUGAAAGUGGCCCUUCCUCAGAAAGACAUGACGAAAUAUAAAACAUCAGAGUCCCACCUCGACUGGCAGAAGGUGGCCUUCAACACCUUCACAGCUGAGAUGUGUAGGCAGAAGUGGCUGGAAGUCUCUAAAGAGAUUCGUAAAUUCAGGACUCUGACAGAACUGAUUGUUGAUGCUCAAGACUACAUCAAGAACCCUUACAAGGGCAAGAAAAUAAAGAAACAUCCAGAUUUCCCCAAGAAGCCCUUGACUCCAUACUUCCGCUUCUUCAUGGAAAAGAGGGCCAAAUAUGCAAAGCUGCACCCUGAGAUGAGCAAUCUAGAUCUCACUAAAAUCCUCUCAAAGAAGUACAGAGAGUUACCUGAGAAGAAGAAGAAAAAAUACGUUGAGGACUUCUUAAGAGACAAAGAAUCGUUUGUCCACAGUAUGAUGAAGUUCAGGGAAGAUCACCCAGACCUUGUGGAGAGCAUGGCCAAGAAAGGUUCAAACGUUCCAGAGAAGGCCAAGACGCCUCAACAGCUGUGGUACACCCAUGAAAAGAAGGCCUUCCUCAAAACACGCCCAGAUGCGACCACCAAAGACAUUAAGGAGGGUCUCGGCAAACAGUGGACGCAACUGUCCGACAAAAAAAGGCUGAAAUGGAUCGCAAAGUCUCUGGAGCAGCAGAAACUGUAUGAGCAAACAAUGCGGGAGUACAUCCAGCAGCACCCGGAGCUUAACAUGGUUCAGGGGGAUUAUGUGAAGUCCACCCUGACAAAGGCUGAGAGGCACCUGAAGGACAAAUCUGACGGCCGACCCGACAAACCACCACCAAAUGGUUACUCGAUGUUCUGCGCCGAGUUGAUGUCGAGCAUGAAGGACGUACCCAGCACGGAGCGCAUGGUGAUGUGCAGCCAGCGGUGGAAGCUGCUCAAACAGAACGAGAAGGACGCUUAUCAGAAACGCUGUGAACAAAGAAAGAAAGAUUAUGAAAUUGACAUGAACAGAUUUCUCAGUAGUUUGUCAGUGGAGGAGCAGCAGCGUGUCUUGGGCGAGGAUAAGUUUGGUUUAAGGAAGGGUAGCGCAGCCGGCAGUCCUGCCUCCAAAAAGAGAAAUGCGAAAGCAAAGGCCAGCCCAGAGAAACCCAAAAGGCCCAUUUCCGCCAUGUUCAUCUUCUCUGAGGAAAAACGGCCCAAGCUACAGCAAGAGCGACCAGACCUCUCUGACAGUGAACUCACAAGACUGCUGGCACGCAUGUGGAAUGAACUGCCAGAUAAGAAGAAGGAAAAGUACAAACGUCUGGAGACGGUCCUAAAGGCAGAGUCUGAGAAGAAGGAGAAGGAAGAUCGUAGUCGUUUGCCAGACCCACCUAAGACUGCUCAGGACAUUUGGCAACAGAGCGUCAUAGGAGACUAUCUGGCCAGAUUUAAGAGUGACCGACCAAAGGCUCAGAAAGCCAUGGAAGCCACCUGGAGCACCAUGGAGAAAAAGGAGAAGAUUAUGUGGAUCAAAAAGGCAGCAGAGGAUCAGAAAAGAUAUGAGAGAGACCUGUGUGAGAUGCGCUCACCUGCUGCUGCCGCCAUUGCCUCAGGGAAGAAAAUAAAGUUUGAGGGUGAACCCAAGAAACCACCAUCAAACGGAUAUCAGAAGUUCUCUCAGGAGAUGUUGUCCAACGGAGAACUGAAUCACCUCCCGAUGAAAGAGCGGAUGACUGAGAUCGGCAGCCGCUGGCAGAGGUUACCUCUGAAGGACAAGGACCGUUACAAGAAGAUUGCUGAGGAAAAGCAGAGGCAGUACAAAGUCAUCCUGGAACAGUGGCUUGCGAGCUUGUCCACACAAGAGAGAAACACCUACAAAGAAUAUACUUCACAAAAAAGGAGAACGACAGCAAAACCAGGAGGCCCCAAAGCAAAGUUCAAGAAAUCUGACACGGAGGAGGAGGAGGAUGAAGAAGAUGAUGAGCCCGAGAAGGCUUCUUCUGACGCAGACUCAUCCAGCGAGGAUGACGAAGAUGAGGAUGAUGAUGACGAAGAGGACAAGGAGGAUGAUGAGGAAGACGAUGAGGCGGAGGACAAAGAGAACAAGUCAGAUGACAGCAGCAGCGAUUCAAAUUCACAGGCGUCGUCAGACUCUGAUUCGGACUGAAAUGGGCCGUCGUCGCAGAGACGAACUGAGCAGCGCUGAGCUGAGCCAAGAGUCCGGGGAGCUCUGCCAUUGUGCCAACCCUGCUCUCCUCCCACCACCAGAGGGAGCCCCUGCAUUGCCUCAUCCAUUUCACAUUCGCCCACUUUUUGUUGCCGCGUCACUGAUCUGUACUCACCGAGGGACCCUGCCCCUAUGUCCAAUAUCAGUUUCGUUCCCUCCCCGCUGUGAUGGUCAACUCACAGAACGGGCCGCUGACAUUAUGCCAAAAACAGCAUCCCACUGGUUUGAGGAUGUCGUGAAUAUUUCUGCACGCUGGUUUCAAUCUUGAUUCACAGGUUCAGUGGUUUAAAGUUUGAGUUUUAACGUCCCUCCAGUGUUUCUUCUCUUAUUCUGGUGAUUAGUUAAUGACAGAUGGCAUGAGUUGUCAACUGGCUUCAUGGAGCCAAAGAAUCUAGUAAGGGGGGAUCACUUUAGGGAGGGGGGUGUGCGGGGCACUGAAAAAUUGCACUCUUCAGAAUGUUUCCUUUUUAAUGUUUUUUUUUCCCCCAAAAUAUUGUUGCUUUGUUCUCUAUUCUCAAUUUGUGAUGUAGAUUUUAUCAUUUGGUUCUUAAAGAGGUGGUAUUUGUUCAGGAAAAAACCAAGCCAUUAUGAAUGUCUUUUUUUUUUUUUUUGUUGCUGGAAAGUUUCAGAACUUUAUUUACCCAUUUGUUUUCAUUUGAAAUAAGCAGUGCCUAUAAAAUGUUCACUCCCCUUGAGUUUUUCAUGUUUUAUUGUUGCUAAAGUGGGUGUAAUGAGGCUUUUUGACUAAACCAAAACUCCUUUUAAUAGUACAUUUAUGGGAAAUUGACUUAUGUGCUGCAGUUGUCUCCGCCCAGCUGUGAUGUCAGGUUUAGAGCAAAACACAAAGCUGAAACUGACAUUGACUCACUUUGUGACAGCAACAAGCUAAACUGAGAUUUUCUUGUAAUGCCACAAGGAGAUGAUCUGAGCUACAAAACAAACAAUCACUUAUGUAAUAAUUUUCUUCAGUAUUUACAAUAAAAAACAUUUCAUAGUAGUUUCAGAUUUGACUCGUAUGCCAUUACACCCUACUGAGCACAUUUACAGCAGUGUCAUAUCCUUAAAAUUAAAAUUUUGCAUCAUUGGUCGACCUUACUGUGGCCUGCGGGCUCCUCCGUCCCUUGAAAUUCUUCUUGCAUCCAUCCCCUGAGUUAUUCUUUCAAUUAAACUUGUUGCAAUUGAUUUGUAAUGUUUUUAUUAGUAUAACUAAUAAGCUGUUGGAGCUUCUAGAUACAAAUGUGUUUACUGACAGUUUACACCUUGAAUACACAUUAAAGUGAUCUCCGUUCAACUUUUGUGUCUUAAAACAAUUGGAUUUGUACUUAUUAAAUUGGUUAAUUGGAUUUUAUAUUGCCACUUUAAUCAGCUUUCAUGUCAUUGGUGUCAAAAAGCCUUUUUGCAUCCGCUGCGCUUCUGUGUUUAGAAAACAAAAAGUCUCAAUGGUGGUGGAAAUGUUAAUAGGCACUGCAGGAUCCGUUACCAUGUGUCCGUCAAUUAAAGUGUUAUUUGUCAUCGCGCACACAUUCUCGAGUCCGAAACAAUCUCUGUUAAUUCAGUUUGUUCCGUUCAGUUAGUUACAGUGUUUAGUGUUUGCAAUUUGUCACUAACGCUCAUUUUCCAUAUUUUAAGCUCAAUCUGACCUUUUUUAAAGACUGUCAUACAGUUGGUGUGUGUUUCUUCUCUGUACCAUCGUUUUACAUUUCUUUUACGGUUUGUAUGAACUGUCGAGAUUGUUUUAAUUGUGAGCAGUUGUGUUCUGAUUCAUCUGGAUUUUAUUGUGGAUGUUCAGCUGUGUGGUUCCAUCUCUUUUUCUUUUUUUGGAAAUUGUAAUGGUAUUGACUUAAAUCCAAUCUGGAUUUAAGUCUAAUGCUUUUCCCAAAAAAAUGUGUGCACUUAAUGUAAAUCUGUCCCUCUAUGUGAGUUUGUGUGCAUGCAUGCACAUAACUGUAUAUAUGAGGGUGUAUUUGUGUUUAGUUUUUUUUGUUUUAAUGUUAGCUUUGGUUUUGGUUUUGCUGUUAUGUUGCAUCCCCUGAUGUGACGGCAGCAUGCAUGUAUGUGCCUGUGUGGGGAUGUCAUACCAACACCAUGAAUGUAGAUAUUGUUAAAUCUUUUUCAUUUUUUCUCUCUCCAAAGUUCUUUGGUAAUUCUUCGUCUCGGCAACGUCGUGUCAUUUGUUUCCUGAAAACGGACAAAUACUGUCAUUUAAGCUUUGCAGACAGAUGAGUACAUGGCAAUUAUUGAUAAUCUGUUAGUAAUAAACUGAUUUUGACCAUUAUGAAUCUCAUCAAAAACUGAAAUAAAACCAACUUGGGCUAUUUAAAUAACUUGGGGGAGGUAAAAGGAAAGCGAUUGCUGAUAUCGAUUGAUGGGAGUUUGUAAAAGGGAUUUGGGGGGAAAACGAGUUGCCAGUGGAAUUGGGUCAAUGACAACAACAAAAUAAGAAAAAAAACUUGUAAUUUUUUGUAAAUACUGUUUUUGUAUCGAGUGCUUAUUGUUUUGUUAGGUCUUUGAUUUGGCAAACCCUCAUCUGUGACUUCUGGGGCCAGUGGGCCUUUCACUCACAGGGGAGAACUUUUGGUUGAAUUCACCUGUUUUAGUUGUUUCUUCUCUCCCUUCUGUUGGUUUAUAGAAAUAUCUAAGACUGCAAAGCUUUACAAGUUUGUACUGCUGACCAUUUGACAAAAUUUGAUGUUUUCUAUAGCUGAGGGUGCUCUCAUGUCCUUGUAGUUCAAGUAUUUGGGCAAAUAAAAAAAAUAUCUUUAA